GCUAGAAAGGUUUCAUCGCCAUUUGAAGUCUGCCUUGCGAGCACGCCUCACUGGCCCCAACUGGGUGCGGGAGCUACCUUGGGUACUUCUGGGAAUUAGAACAGCGCCUAAAGAAGACUUGGGAUGUUCCUCCGCGGAAAUGGUGUAUGGCUCCACUCUUACAGUGCCUGGAGAAUUUAUCCCUGGCUUUGCUGACACACUCUCUGACACCAGUUUACAUCUCCGUCAACUGCGCGACCAAGUACGCUCACUCAUCCCAGUUCCGACAUCUCAGCACGGCACCGCACCUACGUCUGUUCCUCACAAUCUGCUGCAGGCCAAAUUCGUUUUCAUUCGUCGUGACGCUCAUCGCACUCCUCUCCAACUGCCCUAUGAAGGCCCUUUCAAAGUCAUACAUUCUGGCCCCAAAACCUUCCAGGUAGACAUUGGAGGCAAGAGCGAAAUAAUCACAGUAGACCGACUCAAGCCAGCUCACAUGGACCUGGAACAUCCCGUCAAAGUAGCUGAGCCCAGACGUCGUGGACGACCGCCUAAGCAUCCACCAUCUUCGCCUGAUUAUGUACUUCGGAACAAAACCUCUAACGGCGUUCAACCGCAGAGCACCCGUUCAGGUCGUCAAGUCAAGGUCCCACUGCGUUACAUCUCGGUUCUGGGGGAGAGUGGUGUAGCGGACGGAAGCCGUAUAAUUUGUACACCUCACUAAUUAGCUAGUGUGUUGCGAACCUCGUGACUUUUGUGUCAUUUUUUUUACCGGCUCUGACCAGUUGUGUUUUUUCGUUGUGUCAAGUAGUUAGCCUUUUGCUACAGCUUCUUAUUUAUUACCCACAUCAUACCAUUCUGUC